GUAAGGAUAGAGCAAAAAUAAUACAAAUACAAUGUGAUAUGGAGAUUAAAAGAAUUUAAAAUAAUGUUAUUAAUAUAACAAUUCUUAUAACAAUAUCUUCAGAAGAUAUAAAAUAUUGUUAAUUAAUUGUGUCUGUUACGUGCAGCAAGUGUUACAUUAUUUCGUACCCGAAGCAUGAAACUCAUGAAUUAAAAAUUAUCUGAUAAAGGUUGUAAAUGUGUCAUAGACAUUCAAAGAUAUUUUGAAAAGUAAACAAAAAAAGAGGAAAAAAUAAGAAGUCAUGAACGCCAGAAGAAAUACGUUUAUCUAUUUUUUUUUGAAUGUUAUAAUCGAGAUGUUAAUUACUUAUGAAUUGGCAGAUACAGCCUACAGUGCGGCAAAAGAAACGGAAAUCAGGAGCGAGACUGUUCUUGAUGCUUCAUAUGAUCCUGUUUCUCGGCCUAAAUCACAAACGCACGUCAGAGCAGGUCUUAAUGUUCUCGCCAUAGACGAAUUGGAUUUAAAGGGACAGAAACUCACAAUGGCUGGUUGGUUGACAUUUGAAUGGGAAGACGACAGAAUUGUUUGGAACAAGACAGCCAAAGAUGACAUAGAUUACAUAUUUACACAGCCAAAAUAUAUAUGGAAACCGGAACUUGUAGUUGACAAUGCCCUUGCUGACCUAGGAGCUAUAGAGAGUAACGAUCUGUUAAUGAGAGUUAAGUAUACUGGAGAAGUCGAGUGGGAGCCCCCGAUGCUAAUUUCAACCCACUGUCAGGUGGAUGUAACAUACUACCCGUAUGACCAACAAAAAUGUGCCAUUGAAAUCGUCAGUUGGACAUAUACUAUAGAAGAAGUUAAGCUUGACCACUUAUAUGAGGAAGUUAAUCUUGAAGAUUUUGAAAUACACGGUGAAUGGGAAAUAACACAUACACAAAUUGAGGAUAAAAAUCUAACAGAACAUCUGCCGGACGGAACAGUAAGGAUGUACCCACAGCUUGAUUUCUGGAUUUAUCUAAGGCGGAGAACACAGUUUUACAACUUGAAUGUUAUGAUGCCAAUUAUUUUGACAUCGCUGAUGGUUGCCUUGGUUUUUAUCGUACCUGUUGAUUCGGGAGAGAAACUCUCAUACGUUCUUACGGUCUUUUUGGCGCUUGCAGUUCUUCUGACCAUCGUCGCAGAUUCGCUGCCACCAACAUCGAUAACAGUUUCAGUCUUAGGUCUGUAUCUUGGCAUUGUGCUGAUUUUGGCAGCAGUUGGCAUCUUGAUAACAGUUCUUAUUCUAAUCAUGAACCACAAAGAAGGUCAACCAAAAGAAAACUCAUUCAUUGUUACAAUAACUAGAUGCACAGCCAAAAUGAUAUUCUGGAGUUCGUCGGCUUUAAAUUCCAUGCCAAAUGACAAAGUUUCACCAAUGAAAGCGUCAGCCAAAAUGGAAACUGGUGGCGUCGUAUCUACUGAGAAGCGUAUUGACGUCAAAUUUGACGUCACAGGUGACACUCUGAAGAGAGAUAAAUCUUGGGUUGAGAACAACAUUGAACUCACAUGGAAAGUUAUGGCACAAAUAUUAGAUAGAUUUUGUUUCUACGUCUUUCUAAUCAUUACUGUAGUAAUGAAUUUUUCGUUCGUAGUUGCUCUCGCUACAGGCGGGCGGACAAACGGACACUGAAUAUUUUCCUGCAAAACCCAAGCUAAGCAUUUUAAUGUGUUGAUACUGUUAUGUAUAUUUUGUAUGUUUUCCUUCAAGUUGAAAUAUUUAAUGGACCAAGUAAUGCUGCUAAAAUAUUUGUAAAGGGGCGAUAUCAAAUAUCAAUAAAAAUUGAUUGAUUUUUAUUUUUAAACACUUUUCAACUACUGUUAUUUAGGCUGUUCAGUACGACGUGAUAUACACCAUAAAGAAAAAUGAAAUUAACCGGCUACUUUAAUAACUCUGCGAUAUUGUAGUUUUUUGCAGUUUUAGGAACGUUCAACACCAUAUAUUGGUCAGUUUAACUGGCUAUGUUAGUAAGUGUACCAUAUCAAAACUUUAUGAUGUUCUUGUUGUCCAUUUAAUAAAAAGUUCACCAAAAUAGAGCUGCUGGGACACAGUCCUUUAUUUAUAAGCACUGUUUGUAUAUUAAUAAACUAAUUUGCAUAUUUAUGAAUACUGAAGAUAAUGUUACAAAAGGAAAAAACUUUGUUAACAAAUACUUUUAAGGAGUUUAAUCAAUUUCAAUUUUAUUAAACAACCAACUUUCUGAUCUUAAAGUCCCUCGGUGUUUUCUGAAAAAGUGUUUUGUAACCCUGAAGGUAAUUUAUUUACUCCAUAAAAUGUAUCCUUAGCCAAUUUGCAUAAAAUGAACCAAUACAAUUAUAAACGUCUCAGGAAACAAAAUAUCACUAAAACUGAAUGAAAUGAAAACAAUUAUUGAAAUCAAUACAUUUAUGAUCAUAUGAGCUGCAACUAAAGAAAGUAUAGAGUAAACAGUUCAUCAAAGGAGGAAUCAGUAUUUAGCAUACUUAAAAAAUAUUAAAAUGGUAACACAACAUGUAUUAUGGGUCUUUAACACAUGUUGUGUUACCAUUUUAAUAGUCUUGUUUACUGUUUCAGUUAUUUAAUAGAAACAGUAUCAAUAUCAGGUUUUCUUGUUCUUUAAGAAUACGGUAUGCUUCCUAACUAGUAAGACAGUGAGAUUUUUUCCUUGAUGCACAUUCAAAUACGUCACCGUUAACGUUGGUUUUAUCUGGAUUAUAGUAAGAAGUAAUUGAAACUACAAAUAUCAUCAUACUGGUUUACUUAAAUUGUAAAUAUUAAAUUUUAAGAUUUUCUUCUGUUUACUUAAUAUAUUUUGCCUGAAAUAUAUUGAUAUUACCCGUUCUGUGUUUCUGUUUCAUUUUAACUUGCUAUAACUAUUAUUGUAAAUGACAUAUCAAUAAAACAGACACUACUA